UUUCGGGAACAAUGGCACUGUGUGUGAGCACUCUGUGGGCCGCCUGGCCUUGACAGACCUCCAGCGCAGCCCAUCAGAUCGGCGUCCGGAAUGCCAGCAGCAGCUCCUCGCUGCCAGGCCCCAGUGUCUGAACGGCGGAAGGCUCCCCGGCGGCCCGAAAGAGCGCUGCGUCGCGCUUCCUGACCUGUCAGCACCAAUUAGCCUAAUCCUGCGCAGUGUCCCCAAGGCUUUGAGAUCGGCCACUCAGCUCCGAGCAGAUGGCUGAGAGCGGUGCGCUGCGCCGGGCUGCUGCGCCGGGCUGCUGCGAUAGGGUUCGUCUGCUCAUCGUGGACUCACUGGGCCCCUGCCUGCUGCUAAGCGCCGCCAGCCACGCUUUCCUGAAUUUUCCGCCAGCCUCGCCACCCGUCACCACCACCACCACACCCCCCCCCGCCACCGCAAGCUGAGCAGCCUCUCGCUGUCAGGGCUCCUGGGAGGGCGAGGACAACCUCUCGCCCUCGUCCUGCCCCGCGAGGAUCCGAGGCGGGGAGGCGCUCGCCUUAACCUGCGGCACUCCGUCACGUCCGCGUCGCCGCUGAGGGUGAAGCUCGGGCUUCCUGAGACCAUGGGGGCAUCACAUGGGAAGAAAAGGUACAGCGUUGAGCGGCCAUGUAUGAAAAACGGAAAUCACCUGAACGGCACAGCCUCGGCCUACGCGGAUCUCCGGCAGGACCCCCCGCGUGACCUCCGGCAGGACCCCUACAGGAGCCCUCAUGGGAACCGGCACCAAGACUGGGACCCGCACCAGGACCAACAUCUACACCAGCAGCAGCAGCAGCAGCAAUACCAGUACCGGGAGCCACCUCUGACGGCGGGCUUCGUGCCUCAUCCAGAUUACAUGGAGGGGGAUGAUGAUCUGAUCAAGCCCAAAAAGCUCCUUAAUCCAGUGAAAGCCUCUAAAAGCCACCAGGACCUCCACCGGGAGCUGCUCAUGAACCACAGGAGAGGCCAGGGUGUGGAGAGCAAGUCGGAGCUCCAGCGGGUGCUGGACCACAGGAAGAGGGAGCAGAUGAUGAAGCAGAGGAAGGCGGAGGAAGAGGCCCGGAGGAAGAUAUCACCUCUGGAACAGGAGCUCCUCAAGAGGCACAAGAAGCUGGAGGAGAUGGAGAAGGAGCAGGAGAAGCAGGAGGAGGAGAAGGGGGGCGCACCCGAGUUCAUCAAGGUGAAGGAGAACUUGAGGAGGACCAGUAUUCUGAGCACGGGGGAGAAGGAGGCGUAGGAGGUGCAGGAGGCCUCUCGCUGACACGGCGACCGCAACCAGUCACAUCCCGACUCUACCAUCCCGAUGACCGCACCCGGCGCAGCGCCCUCCUCAUCGCACGGCGGACAUGGCUUCUGGCUCUGUGGCGCCACCAAAACACCCCCUGGCUGUCAGAUCAAGUGUUGGGAGAAAUGAGGGACGUCGCAAGGAGAUGGAGGAGAAGCGGUCCGACCCGAGGGCACAGAAUGCGUGUUUCCGCUGGAGUCCGAAAGAGAACCGCGACGUGCGAUUCUGAUCUGUGGGUCAAAGCGUGCCGAGGUGUGUGUGUGUGUGUGUGUGUGUGUGUGUGUGUGUGUGUGGGAGGGACUAGAAACACACGUGUGCUUGUGCCGUCAGACAGUAUUACAUGGAUCAGCACUUGACCCCAUCUUUUAAUCCUCACAUGCCAAAAAAUGCCAAACUCAGACAACGUGCAACAGUCACAGCGUCCAUGUGUAUCCCGUUCCUCGGAACAUCCAAUAAUCGCUCAACGCUCCGGUGUUCGACGUUCCCGGUCCGAAUGGUAUCAUGCCUUAUGAUUACGGUUCGUGACGUUAGCGUGAAGGGCUACAGCAGUGAAGACCACAACACAUGUGGCUCUUUGUUCAAAAGCAAAAAGGUAUUAAAAUGCACUUUUAUAGCACAGGCUCUCACACACACACUGCUUAUAGACAAUAAGCCAGCAGGCAGCGUAGUAGUUGGAGAACUCCUGCGUUACCCUCAACAGGCCCUGGUUCAAGUCCCAGUCCUGCUGCAGGAGCUGUGAUGAAGGUCAACGAAAGACGAAGAGGGAGGAACGAUCAAUGUCCAUUUCUUGAAGAAAUUCAGUGCCACCUAGUUAAUGACACCAAACAUAGUGACACUAGAGCAUCAGUAGGUGCCUGGGGACAACUGGUAGAGUAGGGGUUCGAACCACCACCUUCACCCCCAAAGGCUGCAGGUUUGAUUCUCGCCUCGAGCUAUAGUACCCUUGAACAUGGCACUUACCUUAAAUGGCAGCAGUAAAAUGGGGAGCAGCUGAUUGAAUAACCAGAGUGAAAUAGCAAAAUGAUCAAUGUUGAUGUAUUUAGCAGGCAGUGUAAGUGUAGCCCAAGGUGGAAGUACAAUCAGGGUCUAUAGGUUAAGAACAGCCAUGAGUAAUACCGUUUUGUUGCGAUCAAUUUCAGCUUAGAGUGAGUUUAAAUGUGAAAAUUCUAGUAAAGAUGAACCGUUUUGACGGACGACCAAGUGCGAACAAAGCCGAAGACACCAGCAUCGCUGAUGAAGACGAUUAAGUUAUAAGAGUAACUGCGUGAUGGUCUGACAGUCAUUUCUAGAGCUUUGCCAUGUUUUUUAUAUGAACAUGACUCAUUGAGUCUUAAAAAAUGUGUUUUCCUUUGCAUUAACGUUUAUAGACAUUAUUCUUCCCUCUGUGUCUUCAGUCAUAUAAAUGUUACAUAUCUGUAUGUAGUCACCACUCUAUGUAUGAAUAUAUAUAUAUAUAUAUAUAUAUAUAUAUAUAUAUAGAAGAGCAGGUAACAUAGCCGUUAGUGCUGCUUUGUUUGGAUCUGAAAAUCCCAGAUAUUGCUCUAAUUCCCUUGGUCAAAGUACUUACCCUGAGCUGAAAGUGUAAAAAAUACCCAGCUGUAGAAAUGGGUAAACCAGUGUAAGCUGCUUCAAAGAAAAAUGUAGUAAAUAUUUGGCAGAACCCCUGAGUAUAAUGUACAGUUUGUUAUAGAUGUUAAGCUUAAUUAGAGAAAUUACAGUAUUCUACUUCUCCAUAAGCAAAAAAAAGUGACCUUCAUGCAAUAUUGCAUAACAGACAAAAGUACAUAAAAUGUUUUCUUAAAACUGCAGCAAAGUAGUUGGGAAAUCAGUAUGAACUUGGUUCAAGACAGUUCCCUGGGUGCGAUGCCAGGAUCCUUCUAGUGCCUUCCACAGAGCUCUGUGCAAGGGGACCCCCGCUGACCGCUCUCGCAGAGACCCUGCAGUCAGCGUUUGCCGAUCAUUCAUUUUUAACUCUAUCGGCUGAGUAUACAAUCAAUAUAAUCAGUCAAUAUAUCAAUAUAAUCAAUCCCAAACAUCACGUGUGUAGCUUGUGUCACAUGUGAAGUAGUGAUUUACUGUAGCUGUACAUCUGUGUAACAGAGCGAGCAAAAGACAAGAGACUACAGACUGUGUGUGUGUGUGUAAAAGUGAGGUAUUCCCACGUAAGAAAAGCACAUUUAAAGGAAAACGUAACUUUGAGCUAAAUGGUGUUCUGUAGGUGCAAUGCAGUCGUUUUCUUACCCUACAAGCAAAUUCAAUUGAGAAAGGUCAUCUUUCGCAGCACUUUAGAAACUAAAAUCAUUUAUUUCAGAAAAUAUUUAAAAUUGAGAGCAUUUAUAUAUUUUAAUAUAAAAGCAAUUCUAAUGUGGGUACAGUAUUCAUAAUUUAUACGCUUUUCUGUCUUCUUUCUCAGAGUUCCUCUAGUAUUUCGUUGUUUGUAGUUGUUUAAACCAUGUAAAAUUUGCCUUUACCUACUCUGCAAGCCACUGAAUACCACGUUUAUCAACAUCCAUAUGUUUAUACCUGUAUGCAGGUGAGCGUGUUUUUUAUCUCACGACAGUUUGUCUCAGUGGAUGAAAAGCACGAGGCCCUUAUUCCGCGGCACAAUGAUUGUAAUUAAUACCACACAUUGUUGUAAAUGGCAGCGCUCACUAUGACGAUGUAUCGCUAUGCAUAAGAUAAAUAAAGGAUAAUAAAUAAAGGACUAAUUGCACUUGUCAAGAAUCUCGCUGCGUUGUUUUGUUGGGGCCUAUUUUUCACAGCGCCUAAAUGAAAAUCUUAUUUAUGUGCUUUAAUUCCUCCGAGGGCGUUUGGCAGCCUGCUCUUCCAGGCCUAACUCAUCGCUUUCCCUCCAACUCAAAAUUGCGUUCCGUC